GAAGCUCAUCCGGUCGCGCAUGCCGAAUGGUGCUGCGAGGCUGUUCCUCGCAGCAGUUUUCAGGGUUUCGUAACUGCGUGCUGUUCGAUGGCUCCUCACACGUGGCCGCGCUAUCGUGAGUGCACCGACUGCUCUUACUACAAUGGGGAAGGGAGGUAACAGAACGUAAGCGUAUAUAGAUAACGGUGUCUUCGAGUCGAGGAAGAGUUGCGAUCGUGUGAUCCUACGGAGCCUACAUCAGUCUUCAGUUCGUCGUCGACCGGUUGCCACGCAAUCGCUCCAUUCGUCUCUUGCUCGUGAUAACUGCGGCCUUGAGCAUGCCUCUGGACAAAAUGCGGCUGACGUACAUGUCGGCCAUCGCGGUCGGGGCUGGGACAGUGGUCGUCUUCUUCUGGUGGUGGUGGACCAAGAGCCAAAAGGAACGGCCGCCGUCGCAAUGGCGGAAGGUCGGGGAACUCAGCGACCUGAUCGCGUUUCCGAUCAAGUCUCUCGGCCCUGUGCGAAUGAACACCAUGGAAUGCUUGAAACUGGGCCUGAAGUCCGGCUGGAUGAGGGACCGUACGUUAUUGGUCAUCGACCUCAAUGGCCACUUCGUCACCGGCAGACAAUGGCCACGAAUGGUUCUGGUAUCGCCGAGUGUGUCGGGAUCAGUUCUCACACUCUCUGCCCCGGGAAUGAUGUCAGUGUCCAUUGAUUUGGCGCGAAUCCGCGGCAAGGGAUUCCGCGUAGCUGUCUGGGGGGUACCAGUGACAGCCUGCGACUGCGGCGAAGAAGCUGCCAGGUGGCUGUCCCGGUACCUUCUUCAGGAAGACACCGGUUUCAGACUGGUUUACUAUCCUCUGGAAUACCCGACCCGAGAACUUCGAUCGAAAAGCAAGAUAUUCUCUUCGCAGAACUUUACCAACGAUGACACUGGAGCGUACCCAGACGAGUCGAGUUACUGCCUGAUCAACGAAGCUUCGGUGACUGAAUUAAACACCAGACUGGAAAAACCGAUCAACGCGGACCAAUUCCGACCGAAUUUCGUCGUGAAAGGCGCGCAACCGUACGAAGAGGACACUUGGGUGUGGAUAAAGAUCGGCAACGUUAUUUUCAAGAACAUUAUGCCUUGCACAAGGUGUAUCUUCACUACCAUUCACCCAGAAACCGGUGUGAAGGACUCGAACGCGGAACCGUUGAAAACUCUGAAAAGUUACAGACAAAUAACAGAGCCAGAGAUUCGUCGCGUGGUCGGCGAGAGUCCGGUGCUGGGAAUCCACCUGGGCCUGCGUGGUCCGAAAGGUAGCAUACGAUUGGGCGAUCCAGUGUACGUCGGUGUGCCCGACGAGCAGCCACCUCUGGUCUCGCCCCCCUAGCUACACCGGUGGGCUUCGUGCGAAGACGAGAUGUUCGUCUUCGAAGAAGUCAAAGCGUCGUCGAGCAAAGACUCUUCAUUUACCAGUGCUACGGAGCCGUAGCGGCCGGCCUAAGUGAAGCAACACUUCCGAAUUUCGUGUCCUGAAUUUUAUACUGGGCCUAAGGGUGAUCGCGACUCGCGGAUAAAAUAAACGCAGUCGUUCAAACGAUUAGAUUUAAGCGGCUGCUCGUGGGAACCACGCCUGUACAAUUGAUCGUUCGAAACGAGCGGCGACUCGUAGGAUUAAGCUCGCGUAUCGAUGUCCCAAACCUUACCAAAUGUAUUCGUAUAUGAAUCGUUCCUCGAAUUGUAUUUUUGCUAAAUAUCGGUCGUGGAUAUCGAAUCGAUGUGCACGAUCAUCCGGCACUGUCGUCGACAACGAUGAACGUUCGCCUGUUUGUUCAUACCUGUACCGAAUAUAUACUCGUUCGAAUAAUAAAUGAUCGUGAUGGGUGAAACAGAGCGACGCUGCUAUUCUUUUGUGACAAUAAUAUUUAUUUAUUUACACUACAAAAUAACAGGGACGAUUUACAUUCGAUAGAUAAUGCGUUCAAUUCGAGAAUCAACACACCUAGACGGAUAACGAACGAGCGUCGUUCUCUUGUCACGCUUUCCUGGACGCGGAAAGCGCGGAAAGAGAAUGGCGGCGUUUCCGGUUCGAGCCGAAUGCGGUGAACGUUGAAGGAUACGACAAAAUGCUUCGAUUUUCAGUGGAACUUUUACGGAAAUUCUUAACAACUCGCUUGUAGAGUAUCUAUUGAUAAUUUUCUUAGUGAUCGAGCAACGCGAGAGAGAUUAAUAACUUUUUCUUUUGAAUGGUAAUCUUCGAUGAAUUUACUAGUAAUUUAAUUGUUAAUUAUUAAUUCUUUAGAAGAGUGUUGUAUGGAGCGUUAAGAAUUCCAGCGAAGUAAUUUUCAAGUCGUCGAGAAAUUUUCGCGUUCACCGCAGUCGACGCGCUUAGCAACCCUUAGAGAAGCAACAGACAAGGAGGCAAGGGCUGCUAAAUACAAGGAGGGGGAGAAACAAUCAAUGCUUGGCACUGUUGCAUUCUGGGAAGAGCUAUGUACAAGUCCACGCGAGUUUCUUCUUGGCUUGACGCGAUCCGACGAGAGAGCACCGACAAGAAACAUGCAAAUCGUACGCUACACGGAAGACUCACGCGAUUUUAUCCUAAUCGCUCGCAUUAACACGGUGCAGAGUGUCUCAACACAAUGCGACGUACAUAAGAACCAGUCGCUUGUGAAUCUACUAUCGAAUAAUCAGAUAAGUUCCUGCGGUUUUCGUAUCGUUCCAUCAUCAACCCCUUCAGUCCUCCAAAUAUCCGCGAUAAUUUUCAACGAUGUCUUCCAAAUUCUAUUUUCAAACAUAUUCAACGAGUAGAACUAUCUAACACUCAUUCCCCAUCAUCCACAAUUCCAAAGCUUCAAAAAUGUCCACUCGAAUAAAGGUUUCCCCGCCAAAUUCCGCCAACAUCGUCCUCAAUUUCGAUCUUCCAGAAACAACCUCCAUCGUUUCCACAUAAAUAACAGUCAUUCCAACGAUGAAUUCCGCCAAACGGAUUUCACGUUCCCAACGCGAAGCGGCAAGAAAACCCGAGACAUUUGAAUACCAGAUGCCCGCGAAAUACCGUCGAGCAAAAACCGCUGGAACUUAUCUGCUCGGCGAGCAUGUGGGUCGUGGUUCUGUUCCGCGUCGCGCAGCCGCAGAUCCUUGCGGCGGUCGUCGAAUCUCUAAAGAACUUAUUUAAACGCUAGUAUAUAUAAUUCUUAGUUUGAAGAAGAACUAGAAAACACGCAGCGAGGAGGGAAGAAUAAGAGAGGGAUGGAGAAAGAGAGAGAGAGAGAGAGAGACGAAGAGAAAGGAAUCGGGAGGAAGUUUCACGUUGGAGGACGAAUAGACACUGGGAAACGGACGGUAGAGAGACAUUAGUGACGAAGAAGAACAACGAAGCUGAUUGGGGGCAAAGGUGAACGAGGGGGCAGGGUCGCGGUCUUGCGUGAUAUCGAACAUGACGUCGCGAGGUUCCGCUUCACGAGGACGAGUCGACCAUCGACAAGACACUACCGGACCUCGGGGACAAGGGAGCAACGUACCGGAUGGGCACCGGCACGUUGCCGACGUCGUACCCGUGCUCCUGCGACGAUCACGGCUCGGCAAUGGCUCCCACGUCGGGGAUCAUCGGAACUUUUUCUUGCACUUCCUCACUCUAUUCCUUUCGCACCGAGUUCUAGAUGAUCGAAGUGAUGAGUCUCGCCUUGAAGUUGACGAUACGCUCGCUCGUCGCCGCCAGGCGCUGUAAAUCAACCAGACAACGAUUAAUCCGUGGAUCGAGCACGAGACGGGUAACACGUGUUUUAUGGAUAAAAUGAAUGAUAGUGUGGAGUGUGUCGACCUCUUGCUUUAUAACAACGUGUUAGGCUCGUGAAGAUGUUAUCAGAAUUUGAGAAACAAUUUUUGCGAAUACAAAUUGAAUAUUAUUCUGUUAUCAGUUAGAGAGCAAACACUGACAUAUGCUCGGAAUUUUUCUCUUUUUUUAAUAGAUCGUUAGUAAGAGGUGGAUUGUAGUUGAGAUAUCGUAAUGCAAGAGGUCAACGUGACAUACGUCGAACAGUUUUAUUUUUCUCUUCGUCCGUGAGAGAAGAAACCUUUUCCUUUGCUCCAAUGGAAUUCAUUGUAAAGAACAUUCACGGAAGUGUUAAUACCAUAUGGUUUGUAAAACGUUUCGUCUCUACGAACCGAAGCUCAACGUGUUAAUUGGCGCGCUGAUUGUGGUGUUCGUUACGUCAAGAUAAAGAUUAAAACUGUUUCUCUCUUGAAACCUGAUAGCAACAGCUGCGAGCUCUUCACUGAGAUACAGAAUCUCCGAUCCCGCAAGAACUGGGAGGCAUUUGCUUCUGUUUAAAUAACGGAUGCAGGAAUGCUCUAUCAAUAUUUAUCACCCUCAAGAAACCAAUUAUAAUCCCAAAGAAACCUUAAUUCACUCCCAGUUCUCUAAUCUUCAAUUCCAGCGUUCCCUCUCAAUUCUUUUUCUCGAACCAAGCGACAUUCCGUCGCAUUCCGAAUUCUACGGUAUCGCGCGAACAGACUGACCCGUUCUCCUUACACAUUUUCACCGAGCGAAAAACGGCGUACGCUCGAAUAUUCCUCUAAACUAUCCGUUUCCCGCGGGUGAAAAAGCGCGCCUAUUCCUCGCGCGAAGAAAUUUUGCAACGCUUUCGAGAGGCCGCCUGGGCAACGGCCGCUUUCGACGCUUCUUGCCCGCGCGACCGAGGUUUCACCGUCUCGGCUCGAAAAAACCGAUCGCCGAUCGGCGCGGGACUCCGCCGCCGGAGUCUGUAACGGGGUUCCCGAUUUUCAGCGUCGCUAGCCGGGAAGCGGAGGAGAAUUCCCCGCGAUGCGCGAAGCGUGAACGGUUUGGAAAGCCGAUGCCCGCUUCUCGCCAGCGAACCAGCGCGGCGAAGGUUGCGUAUAAUGACCGGGAUUAGCGUUACCAACGGCCGUGGUACAUAACUCCGAACCGUCUUCCCGAGUAUUAUUUAUUACGUCUCGCUGGGAAUAUUUCGGCUGAUUAACAUAAUCAAAUUAUUUGCCUCGCUAGACACAAUCCUUGUAUUUUACGACAGAGUUCCGACGCAAAUCAAUUCGUCCGGUUAAUCGAAUUUAUGCGUCGCUCAUUCUUUCCGGCUGUUUUCUGGGUUUUAUUGUACCUGUUUUGUAAUAGUCAUUUCUGAGUAUCGUCUGUGGUUUCACGCGUUAAUUAUCAUAACGGUUCCUUCGUUUCCGAUGUUUAUGCGCAGGAAUUGGAGAUAGAAAGCGGCGGCAGUUCGAGCUCUCCGCUAACAGAGGGCCGACGACACCUAGGCCUUUCUCGCUUUUAGUCAGUUUCGUUAAUUUGUAUGUAAUAAGUAUAAGUGAGGAAUUUAGAACUCGUGCCGGCAUUUAAGACACUGGCUCACCAGGUCGCCUUGCGGUUCACUGGUAGAUCCUGGACGAAACGCCGCUCACUCCCAAACUUUUUCUAGUUUCAUCCUUUUCUGUGAAAGCUUUGGCUUCAUUAUAUCACGUGAGAGUAACCAAUGAAGAAUUAACUAGAAAAAGUUUGGAGAAGAUGAAUGAGGCGAUGUUUCGUCCGGGAUCUAUCAGUGAUCUCGUCAGCAAGACCACCUGGUAAUUCGCGUCUUACACACCGGGACAAGUGUGGGAGAGGUUUAAUGGAUACUUAUAUAUAAAUUAACGCGGAACUGGGCUAGGAGCGAGAAAUGCUGAAAGUGUUGUCAGCCCUCUAUCGUCAGAAUGCUGGAACUGUCGCCACAAAAGUAAAAUUUGAAGUUACAAGCGAAGCGGUUAAACGAGUUUAACCUCUUCGUUCGACUUCUUCUUAUUACCGUUAUACGUUUACAUUAAUCAACGUAUGUUUUGCGUGUAUUAUGUAAAUAUUACAGUUCGCGCUAUUUCGAUUACUGUCAAUCCGUUCCACGCUCGCUGCCGUACAGUGAGCAAAGAACUUCCCAUUGAAUAAAGCGACGUGAAACGUUCGAACAGACCGGAGCCGCGG